AUGCCGGCAUCUGUAGCGGAAGUAGCCGCUGCAUCCGCGUCUGAGUCGGACGAUCAAAUAUUGGACUCCUCGUCGUCGUCGUCGUCGCGACACCAAACCAUAUCCGAUGGAAGCGAGUUAGGAUCGGAAGUAGAGUUCGACUCACUCGACAGUGCGGUUUCUCGUAAGAGACGCAAGCUAUCUGCAGAGUUAAUUCCCGCUGUCGCCGAACUAGGUACAUCAUCCGUGAAUGUACCCUCCAGGAUCAAGCGGAAGAGUGCCGGCACUGCGCAGACCAACCCGUCAGAAAGUUUAUUAGCAACGGCUGUCCCUGUGAAUACUCCCGUUGCCGCCCCUGUGGACCAUCAUACGACUUUUGAGUCUCUGAGCUUGAAGCCAUGGCUUGUUCGGUCUCUUGCCAAUAUGGCAAUCAAACGGCCGACAGGUAUCCAGAAAGCCUGUAUCCCUGAAAUUCUCAAGGGUAGAGACUGUAUUGGAACGAGUAGGACAGGUUCAGGAAAGACGGUUGCCUUCGCCGCACCAAUCUUACAGAAGUGGUCCGAGGACCCAAGUUCUAUCUACGCGGUAGUAUUAACAGCUACCCGAGAGUUAGCCUUGCAAAUCUACGAGCAAUUCAAGGCGAUAUCUUCACCCCAAUCUCUAAAGAUAAUAUUAAUCACUGGAGGAUCUGAUAUGCGUCCACAAGCCAUUGCUCUCGCCCAAAGACCUCAUGUGGUAAUCGCCACCCCGGGUCGAUUAGCAGACCACAUCAACUCUUCCGGCGAGGAUACCAUAGCGGGCUUGCGGAGGGUCAAAUUCGUAGUACUUGAUGAGGCGGAUAGAUUACUAGCAGCAGGUGGGCCUGGGAGCAUGCUACCUGACAUUGAAGAAUGCCUAGGAGUCCUUCCACCCUCGAGCGAGAGACAGACGCUUCUGUUUACCGCUACAAUCACUCCAGAGGUACGUGCGUUGAAGGAUAUGCCGCCAAAACCCGGGAAGGAGUCUGCUUUUGUAUGUGAGGUCGAUACGCAGAAGCUUGCCGUCCCGACUACUUUACAUCAGAUGUAUAUUCAGGUCAAUGUUACUCACAAGGAGUAUUAUCUACAUGCUUUCCUCUUAACUGAAGCCAACAUCGAGAAGUCGCUUAUCAUCUUCUGCAACCGUACCUCGACGGCAGAGUACCUCCACCAUCUACUACGACUAUUAGAUCACCGCGUUACAUCUCUUCAUUCUAGGCUACAACAACGCCAACGUGUGGAUAACUUAGGACGAUUCCGGGCAUCAGCAGCACGAAUCCUCGUCGCUACAGAUGUCGCCUCCAGAGGUCUGGACAUUCCAGAAGUUAGCCUCGUAGUGAAUUACGACGUUCCUCAGAACCCCGAUGACUACAUUCACCGAGUGGGACGUACGGCUCGAGCGGGGAGAAAGGGUGAUGCGGUUACCUUUAUCGGGCAGAGGGAUGUGGAGCGCAUUCACGCUAUAGAGACUCGCACUGGUAAGGAGCUAGAGAAAUGGGAUGAAGAAGGGGUCAACCUGGAAAGCAGGUUUAUCCGUGAUCAUAUGAAGGAAGUGGGAGAGAAGAAGCGGGAAGCUUUGUUGAAUAUCGAAGAGCAUCGGGAAGUUGGUGGAAAGAGAAAGCGAAAGAAGCUGCGACUUGAGUAG